CUCUCCUUUUGAAAACCCAACAAUCUCCUCUCUGGAAUACAUAUUCAUUAUUAUAUAUACACACAUUCAUAGAAGUAUAGUGUAAGAUACAUAUACCAUCCGCCCACCGGAUUGAGCCACUACAGCCCUUCAUAAGCUUCAAGAGUUACAAAGAGAUUAUACAUACACAUCUCUCUAUAAUCUAUAUAGAGAGAGAUUAGAGAGAGAUUAGAGAGAGAUUUUGCAUACAAAGAAGUGUGUGUAUAUAUAUAUAUAUAUAUAUAUAUAUAUAUAUACGAGCUGAAUCAAUCCUGAGAUUGAUUGAUUUGUAAUGUCUGAAAUGCUUCCGAAUCCGCCGGAGAGGUCUGUUUUGCUUCAAAGACUAAUCCCGGGGGCGGCCGCCACGUGUAAGCAAUCGCAGCCGCAGUAUCAACGGCGGACGCCGAUUCCCUGCGACAGCCAUGUCCCGGAGACGGCGGCGCGGUAUCACGCGUAUUCGGUGAGUCCCAACCAGUGCUGCUCCGCCGUGAUCCAGUACAUCGCGGCCCCGGUGUCCGCCGUGUGGGGCGUGGUGCGGCGCUUCGAUAACCCGCAGGCGUACAAGCACUUCGUGAAGAGCUGCCACGUCAUCGCGGGGGAGGGCGGCGUGGGGACGCUCCGCGAGGUGCGCGUGGUGUCCGGACUCCCCGCGGCCACCAGCACGGAGCGGUUAGAGAUCCUGGACGAGGAGCGCCACGUCAUCAGCUUCAGCGUCGUCGGCGGGGACCACCGCCUGGCCAACUACCGAUCCGUCACGACGCUCCACGCGGGGGCGGGCGGCGGAGACGGCGAGGACGAGGACGAGGACGGCACCGUCGUGGUGGAGUCGUACGUGGUCGACAUCCCGCCGGGGAACACGCGGGAGGAGACGUGCGUGUUCGUCGACACUAUCGUGAAAUGCAACCUCCAGUCGCUGGCGCAGAUCGCCGAGAGCUCCGGCCGACGAAACGCGGCUAGCUUGAAUUGAUCGCCGAUCGGGACGAUCACGACAGACAUGCAAAAUGAAGAACAAGAAAUCGAGUGCCGAUGAAUUGAAGGCUCCCGCGGAGUCAAGGAGGUGUUCCAUACAUAGCUUAAUUAAGCUCUGAUCUUGCCGUGAGUUGCGAUCAUCAUAUCAUGUGUAAUGUUUUGUACUUCGAUCACCAUAUAUAGUCUGAAAAUCAUCACGACAACAUUUUAGUUCCAACUUCAAAGUUCGUUUGUGCUUUAAUUUUAAUUCGUUGAAUACCAGGUUGUCAAAAUUGCUUGUCCAUUCUGAAACAUCAUAAAUUUAUUUCCCCAAUUCCCAUC